AUGGAGCAGGCUUCAGGACCCGAUAAGAUAACGAUUUUCACCACCGACAACAGCUCCAACCUCACGACCACCAAAACCUCCAACCUCCCAAUCCUCAACCCAAACACCACAACCCACAACCACACCACCUCUAACUCCCGGGCACAUACACACAAACCGCCCAACAUGUCCGUCCACGCCUCCCGCGCCGACCUAAUCGACCUCGACUCCAUCCCCACCACCCACGCCUCCACCCAAGCCACCGCCUUCCUCAGCCAACUCGACCGCAAAAAACGCGCCGCCGCCACCAUCGUCCCCACCUCCGACACCGCCGUGCGCGCCGCCCUGCGCGCCAUCUCCGAGCCCAUAACACUCUAUGGCGAAGGCCCCGGCGACCGCCGCGAUCGCCUGCGCGAACUCUUGGCUGAGCGCGAAGAGGUGGAGGCCGAGGAUGAGGAUACGGCUAUGGGCGAGGCGGAGGCGGAUGCGGAUGUGGAGGAGGAGUUUUAUACAGCUGGGAGUGAUGGGUUGCUUGAGGCGAGGAGGGAGAUAGCGAGGUUUAGUCUGCCGAGGGCGAAGGCGAGGGUGGAUGCUCAGAAGUUGGAGGCGAAAAUCCCACUACGCACACAUGUUACGUUUCGCAAGGCUUUGCGCGCGAAGCUGGCGCCGUUUGAGUUGCAGGGGAGUCAGAUUGCGGGGGAGCGACCGGUAGGGAUUGUGAGGUUUGCGCCGGAUGGGGGGUCGGUCGCGGCGGGGGGGUGGGGUGGGAGUAUUAAGGUCCUUGAGGUGCCGACGUUGGAGGCGAAGAGGACGUUGAGGGGACAUACUGAUCGGGUGGGGGGGAUUGCGUGGGCGCCUCAGGGAGGGGAGGUGGAGUUGGCGUCGGGGGGUGGGGAGGGGAAUGUGCAUCUUUGGGGACGGGAGGGGGAGACUCCGUUGGCGACGUUGGGGGGGCAUAAUCAGCGCGUGUGUCGCGUGGAGUUCCACCCCUCGGGGAGAUAUCUGGCAUCUGCGUCGGAGGAUACGACGUGGCGCCUUUGGGAUAUUGAGACGAGGGAUGAACUGCUGCUGCAGGAGGGACACUCGAGGGGUGUGUUUGCGGUGGCGUUUAAUACGGAUGGCUCGCUACUUGCUAGUGGGGGGACGGAUAGUAUGGGCCGCAUUUGGGAUUUGAGGACGGGGCGCACGGUGAUGAUUUUGGAUGGACAUAUUAAGCCUGUCUACGCGCUGGAUUGGGGGGUGGAUGGACAUCGUGUGCUCAGUGGUUCGGGGGAUGGAUGGGUGAAGUGCUGGGAUAUUAGGAAGGUCGCCUGUGUUGGGGGUGUAGGCGCGCAUAAAUCUGUGGUAUCCGAUUUGAGGUGGUAUAAGGGAGAUGGAAUGGCGAGGAGUGGGGAGUCAGGGGAGGAGCCGAAGAAGGGGGGGACCUUCUUUGCGAGCGCGGGGUUCGAUAAGAGGAUUAAUGUGUUCUCGGCGGAUGACUGGGGGAUGGUGUGUAGUCUGAGCGGACAUACGGGGAAUGUGCAUAGUGUGGAUGUUAGCAAGGAUGCGAGGUGGAUUGUUAGUGGAGGGUAUGAUCGGACGGUCAAGAUCUGGGGGAGGAAUGAUGGAGAGGGAUUAUAGGGAGGACGAGAUGCUGAUGGCGUUUGGUACGGUGCUUUCUAGCGGUUUGCAUGUUCGAUGGGAGUGUAGGAUAGUAGAACUCGGAAAUGCUGAGAUUAACAAGAAUGUAUUGAAAGGUCAAACUAUAUCAAUUUAUAGACACUCAGCUUGGUUCUGUCGAUGAUAAAUACAGUCCAAUAUGGGCCAAAAAUACAAUCCCAUCUCAUAACCCUG